AUGGCGAGGAAUAAAUCACCUGGCAGUGACGGUUUGCCGAAGGAGUUGUUUGAGGCACACUGGGACCUGCUGGGAGAAAGUUUCAUGGUAAUGGCGAAGAGCUUCGAGAGCAGCGCUUCUCUGCCGGCCGAAUUGAAGGAAGUGGUGACGAUUUUGCUGCACAAAAAGGGAGACAAGGAGCAGCUUAACAACUACCGUCCAAUCACUCUGCUGAACUUCACCUAUAAAGUACUGGCUCGGGUGGUGGCGGAUCGUAUGAAAUCGGUGCUUCACAUGGUUAUCUCACCGGAGCAAUAUGGUUUCAUCCCUGGCCGUCGUCUGUCGGAUGCGGUUGCGCUGGUGGCAGACAUUAUCGAAGGCGCAAAAAACAGAAAGGAGGACUGGUACUUGCUUCUGGUGGAUUUCCAGAAAGCUUUUGACUCGGUCUCGAGGGAGUUUCUCUUCAGCGUGCUGGAGAAGAUGGGUUUCCCAGAGCGGCUUGUCGGUUGGAUAAAGGGCCUGCACAAGGGAACGACGACAAAGCUUCUUAUCAACGGCUGGCUCGGGGAUGGUGUUGACGUGGUCUCUGGGGUCCGGCAGGGUUCCCCCUUGGCGCCAUACCUGUUUCUGUGUGCGGUGGAGUCGUUGGCUCAGGAAGUGGAGAGGCGGGGGCUCGGUCUUGAGAAGGAAUGGCACCGGCUCGGGUAUCUCGGAUACACGGACGAUACGACUCUCGUCCUGCAAGGAAGGGAGCAGAUUGGUCAGGCGGAGGAAUUACUGGAUCGUUUUGAAAAGGCAUCAGAUUUGGCGGCGAACAAGUCGAAAUCAGUGGUCUUACCUCUGGGCGAUAAUAUUGGAGCGACAGAUGGUGGAGCCGGUGGCUUCAAACGGGCCGGUGUGGAUGAAGCAGAGCGGUUACUGGGGGUGUGGGUGACGCCGUCCGGUAACGGCCUGCCAACCUGGGAGAAGACGUGGAGUCGUGUAUCGGAGAAGCUGACCAAGUGGCAGCUAAAAUACCUGACAAUCACAGCAAGGGCGACAGUGGUUAAUUACUAUAUCAUGCCGAUCCUGGCGUUUCAAGCACAAAUUUACCCGCCGCCGGCAGCCAUCUGGCUGGAAAUCAUGCGACUACUGCACAGCUUCACAUUUGGAAACAGGGUUGCAACUGCAAAAGGUUUUAUCCUCUGGAGGAGGGAGCUGCUUUACACUCCGAGGUUGGAUGGCGGGAUCGGGGUUAGAGACCCGGAAAUAUUUAUCACAUGUUUGGCAUCAAGGAGAGUCGGCCUGUUCAUCACGGAACAGAACCCGCUUAAAAAGGACCUCAUGGAGCGUGCGGCGCAGCUUCCGCUGGGAGAGGACUCCUUCACCGCGCAUGAAAAAACUGUCUGA